AGCUCCAACCAGCGGCCCAAGGGGCGGGCCGGAGGGGUGUGGGCCCAAGGGCCGCGGCGCUCCGCGGGCCAGUCGCGGGUUGUCAGAACGGUCGCUGCCGGAGUGGGGCGAGGCUACGUCGCUCGGUCUUGGCGGUCUGGGGCCCGCGUAAGGAUGAGAGCGCAGAGGACGCAGGGCCGCUGGAGGCGCAGGUAACCAAGCUGGGGUGCGGUGGGGCCGCGGCGGGACUUCUUCCGGGACCCGUGCUGAAUGGAAAGGACCGAGGCGACGCCGAGCCGCGGCUCCUAGCGGCGGGGCCGCUGCCCGAGCUGCAGCUGCCAGGCGAGGAUGUGUGGAGCCCGGGCGGCGCGGGGGAACUGAGACCCUUCGGGCCCCUGGACCCCCGGGGUCCGGGAUGAGUUAGCUGGGGCAGCCGCGGGGGCCAGUUCUGACUGCUACAGGCCAAGGCGACGGCCACCACCCGCCCGCCCCUUCUGUGCAGAAGCCGCUAGCUCCUUUUCGCGCCCGCCCGCCCGCGCUCCCUGCCCUGGAGACCAUGAGGUUCCGCAUCUAUAAGCGGAAGGUGCUGAUCCUGACGCUCGUGGUGGCCGCCUGCGGCUUCGUCCUCUGGAGCAGCAAUGGGCGACAAAGGAAGAACGAGGCCCUCGCCCCGCCGCUGCUGGACGCCGAGCUCGCGCGAGGAGCGGGCGGCCGGGGCGGGGACCAUUCUGCUGUGUCCGUGGGCAUCCGCCGGGUCUCGAACGAGUCGGCGGCUCCUCUGGUCCCGGCGGCCCCGCAGCCCGAGGCGGACAACCUGACGCUGCGGUACAGGUCCCUGGUGUACCAGCUGAACUUUGACCAGACGCUGAGGAAUGUAGAUAAGGCCGGCUCCUGGGCCCCCCGAGAGCUGGUGCUGGUGGUCCAGGUGCAUAACCGGCCGGAUUACCUCAGACUGCUGCUGGACUCACUCCGAAAAGCCCAGGGCAUUGACAACGUCCUCGUCAUCUUUAGCCAUGACUUCUGGUCGACAGAGAUCAAUCAGCUGAUCGCUGGGGUGGAAUUCUGUCCGGUUCUGCAGGUGUUCUUUCCUUUCAGCAUUCAGUUGUACCCCAACGAGUUUCCAGGCAGCGACCCCAGAGAUUGCCCCAGAGACCUGGAGAAGAAUGCAGCUUUGAAGAUGGGAUGCAUUAAUGCUGAGUAUCCCGACUCCUUUGGCCAUUAUAGAGAGGCCAAGUUCUCCCAAACCAAACACCAUUGGUGGUGGAAGCUGCAUUUUGUAUGGGAAAGAGUCAAAGUUCUACGAGACUAUGCUGGCCUCAUACUUUUCCUGGAGGAGGAUCACUACUUAGCCCCAGACUUUUACCAUGUCUUCAGAAAGAUGUGGAAGUUAAAGCAGGAAGAGUGUCCUGAGUGUGAUGUUCUCUCCUUGGGGACCUAUACGGCCAUUCGCAGUUUCCAUGGCAUUGCUGACAAGGUAGAUGUGAAAACUUGGAAAUCCACAGAGCACAAUAUGGGUCUAGCCUUGACCCGAGAUGCAUAUCAGAAGCUGAUUGAGUGCACAGACACUUUCUGUACUUAUGAUGAUUAUAACUGGGACUGGACUCUUCAAUAUUUAACUGUAUCUUGUCUUCCAAAAUUCUGGAAAGUGCUGGUUCCUCAAGUUCCUAGGAUAUUUCAUGCUGGAGACUGUGGUAUGCACCACAAGAAAACCUGUAGACCAUCCACCCAGAGUGCCCAAAUUGAGUCACUCUUAAAUAAUAACAAACAGUACUUGUUUCCAGAAACUCUAAUUAUCAGUGAGAAGUUUGUGGCAGCCAUUUCCCCACCUAGGAAAAAUGGAGGGUGGGGAGAUAUUAGGGACCAUGAACUCUGUAAAAGUUAUAGAAGACUGCAGUGAAAAAUCACAAUUACAAAAGCAAAAGUCACAGUCUUCUAUUUUUGAUAUUUGUCCAAACAGAAUAUACAGUUGACUAAAGGGGUUUAGGAACUGGUUUCUGCUUUAAUACGGAAAAAAAAAAAAUUCUUGUAAAAGGUGUCCAAAUAUAGGAAUCUUUUCCUUCAAUGUCUGAUUAAAAUUUAAACACAAGUUUUCAUUUCGGGA